UCUGCCCCUUCCACCACCUCUCGAACCGGGAAAGUCGCAUGUUCUUCAAACUGCCAAACACAAAUCCAAACACGAGCGAGCGAUCGGGUGCGUAGACGCACACAAACAAACAAAGGACUGUUGACAAAUUCACUUUUAGCUUGGGAAAGAAAUACAGAGAUAGGUUUAGUACAGUGGAAAGGUCGCCACGUGGUCGUAGCAUGCCUUUGGAUGGAACAGGUGGCAGUGUCUUAUAAUUAGUCGGCACCCAGGACACAAUCGGGUUUCAUCCAGUUUCCCGUUAACGAAGCGGAGAAGCGGCGAACAGUCAGCCAGGCAAUCAUGCCGGUGGCCGAGUGCGACGCGUCGUCCGGCGGCGAGGCCGACGAGGGCGCCCCGCUGCCGGUCACGUUGUGCAGUAGCCCCGCCGCCGACAUCCUCAAGAACUUCUACCACACCAAGAGGGUCGGCAACUACCUGAUCGGCAGGAAGCUUGGCGAGGGGUCCUUCGCCAAAGUCAGGGAGGGGCUGCACGCCCUCACCGGGGAAAAGGUGGCGGUGAAAGUGAUUGACAAGCGCAAGGCCAAGAAAGACUCGUAUGUGACAAAGAACCUGCGUCGCGAGGGCCACAUCCAGCAGAUGAUUCGCCACCCCAAUAUCACGCAGCUGUUGGACAUCCUGGAGACUGAGAACAGCUACUACCUGGUAAUGGAGCUCUGCCCUGGUGGCAAUCUCAUGAACCGGAUCUACGACAGCAAGCGGCUGGACGAGCGGCAGACACAGAAGUACAUCCGGCAGCUGGUGCUGGCCGUUGAGCACCUGCACCGGGCCGGCGUCGUACACAGAGACCUGAAGAUCGAAAAUCUACUGUUGGAUGAGCAGGACAACAUCAAGCUCAUCGAUUUCGGGCUAAGCAAUUGCGCUGGCAUCCUGGGCUACUCGGACCCCUUCAGUACCCAGUGUGGGAGUCCUGCUUACGCCGCCCCAGAGCUGCUCUCCAGGAAGAAAUACGGACCCAAAGUGGACGUCUGGUCUAUAGGCGUCAACAUGUAUGCCAUGCUAACGGGGACGUUGCCGUUCACCGUGGAGCCUUUCAGUCUGCGGGCGCUGCACCAGAAGAUGGUGGACAAGGAGAUGAACCCGCUGCCGCCCUCGCUCUCCACAGCUGCCAUCUGCCUGCUGAAGAAGCUCCUGGAACCUGACCCAAACAAACGGCCCAACAUCCACCAGGUGAUGGCCGACUCGUGGCUGCAGCUGGCAAACCGCAACACAGGGGCACCCUACCUCAACAGGAUCCAUAUCGAGGAGAUCAACCACACGGUCCUGUUGCACAUGACUGAGAAGAUGGCCUACAAGCACAGCGAGGUCCUCAGUGCUGUCCUCACGAACCGCGCUUGCCACACCCUGGCAGUCUACUUCCUGCUCAACAAGAAGAUGAAGCGGCUCUCCAAAGAGUACAGAGAAAUGCAGUUCCAGGAGAAGAAAAAGAAGGGAGAGAAACCCAAGAACGAGUACUUCCAGACGCAAUGGCGCAAACACGUGGACAAGUUGACCAUUCCGCCCAAGCAGACGCCAGUGUACUUGGCAGUCAGCAAAGGGCCCAGCAAGGAGAAGAAACAUCGCACAGGUCUGUUGCGUGCUCUGACCGGCGGACACCGUAACUCGCCGCUCGCACCGCCUGGCACGGUGGCAUCAUCGUCCAUGGAGUACCUGGAGAUCCAGCCCCUCUUCUCGUCCCACACGCCGCGACGGCGGCUGGCCACCAUGCCACCGGUCAACAACAGCAGCCCCGAGCACAGUGUACCGGCCCCACCCGCUCCGUCGCCCAUCGGCAUGCACUCUUUCGGCUCGCUGUCCAAAGCCGAGCGGGUGGACGAGGCGCCCCCUGCGCCCUGGUACAAGCUGACCAACGGGACGCUGUCGCCCCCCCGCCACGUGUCCGCCUUCCAGCCCGACUCGUCCUACCUGAAGAAGGCCACCGUCCCCAGCCCGCCCGUGCUCAUUGUGCCCCCCCGGCCCAAGAAGAGCGCCUCCGCCGACUGGGGCGGCGGCUUCUCCUCCGACACCAGCGGCAGCCCACCCAGCACGGUGGGCAGUCCCCCGGGCAGCUCGGCCUUUAGCCCGCCCAAGUCGGCCUUCAGCCCGCUCAACCCGCUGUCCGCCUUCAGUCCGCCAUCUAACCUCAGCGGCGGCAGCGACCCCGACAGCCCCACGCAGCGCACCAAGUUCCCCCGCGCCGACAAGAAAAUCCGGCUACAGCCCUUCAGCUUCCGGCCCGAGCAGGUGCUGGAGGAGGUGGUGUCCCCACCGCCGUAUCCCAUGCAGACUCUGUUGUGCGCAUCAGGGGCCCUCAAGACUCUCUGCUGACUUGAAAACACAUCGAGAUUCCAAAGCAAUCGCUCUUGGGUCAGGGUUUCCCAACCUUUCUUGCGUCCAGGCAUACAAUUUAAAAUAGUGAAAAACCACCACCAAAAAUUACAGUGAGUGUGACAGUCCACUGUGCCUCUUCUAGUAGCUGCCAGACUUGUGGCACAAAGUACUACACUCAAAAAAACGCAAUAUUUGGGAAAGGGUGUACAAACUGUCCUACAAAGGGCUGUGGUGGGUGCAGAUUUUCAUUCCAAGAGGACCUUUUUACCAAUCUGGUGUCUUACGAGUGUUGAUUGCAGUUAGCUGCUGCUUGUUUCAGCAGAAACUGUUUAUGCUGAAUCAGUUCGAAUGAAAAUCUACACCCACAGCAGACUCUGAGAACAGACUUGGACACCCCUGAUUUAGAGGGUGGUACUUUCUUUUGUAGCCAAUGGCAAUUCAUUUUUUUGAGUUUUGGAAUCACUUUCUCGAAGACAGCACUUGCACACGAUGACUGUAUAAUACACGAAAAAACAAAUAUGAAACUGAGGCACUGGCUGAUCGGCCUCGCUUCCUCUCCCCCAACCCCACGGUGUCCAACGCCGCUUACCUCAUGCUCGGCCACGCGCCUUUUUUCCCCCCGCUCUUUGUUUUCGUCCCGGCUUUUUAUACAAGCUUAAGUCUGCCGAUCGCAAACUGUGCAGGACACACCAAAGCCAUUUUGACAAGAGUUUGCAGGGAGAAAAUCAUGGCAGAAAAAGGCACAAGUUUAGCCUGGCAACAGGCCGAUUUUCUCGCAGGACCAGCACAAAACGGCCGACUUCCUGUUUAUCGAAGGGUGGAUUUGUUUUGCACGACGCUCGGCUCUCGAUACCAAUGUUAGUGACAAAUUACACCACAUGAAACUAGGCAUGUGCCGAUAUCAGAUUCUGACGGUAUGAUAACUUCAUGGAAAUAUAUCACGGUGUGAUGGUAUUACAAUUACAGCUCUAAAAUGUGUUACUUUGAGAUAUGUGGGUUUAAAAAAAUCAAUUGAACAGGAUUUUACAUUAGCAAAUUGGAACAUAAGUAUGUUUUAGGGCUGUCCCAAACGACUAAUUUUCUCCCGAUUAGUCAGCCGACUAUUUUUACGAUUAGUCGACUAAUCUAAUAAUUAAAUUUUAUUUAUUUAUUUUUUUACUAAUUUAGCAAUGAAAUUUUUGUUGACUCUUAUCAAUAUACAAAAACAUAUUGGAACACUUAAAUUAUUAAAGUACAAAUAAACACGUAAAUAACAAUAAUAAAUCACAAACAAUGAGUUCAAAUGCUGAUUAAAAUUAACUAGUGCAAAAGAAUAGAAUGUAAACAGAUUCAGAACACUGACUUUGCCUUUCCAACAUGAUUCAAAACAAUUCUUAAAAAAAACACCUGGCAUUAAUAUAAUAUAGUACUAUAUAUAAUAGUUUUAUAAUAAUUAUAAUUAUUCAUUGCCAAUCAGAUUUUUCAUAAAGGGUGUCAUUUUAAAGGUAUUCUUAGUGUAGAAUCUGAAUUCGGAAGUAUGUGGGAUUAACUCCAGAAAUCACUAUUUAUAUGACGAACAUGACAUGUUUUUAUUUUGAAAUGUUCACCGGAAGUACGUUCGGUAAACCGCUAACUUCAGCUUUACACUCCGCAAAAAGAGCACUUUUUGUCAUUGCGUGUACUGUCAGUAAUAGAUUUUUUUUGGUUAUUUUUUCGUUUGCAAAUGCUGUUAACCAGCGAUUUUUCAUGUUUGAAGUGUCCCCUUUUAACCGCAAGUUUGCUUUCACGAGACGACUGCCAAUGUUUUAUAGCAAGCUAAAGUACCGGUAGGUUGCGUGACGUGGACUAUGUCGACGGGAUGUUGUGCUCGUCGACUAGUCGGGACAGCUCUAGUAUGUUUAUUUAAAUAUUCUAAAUAAAAUUAAAAUACAGUCCUUUAGGUGAGCCUAAAACCACAGCUCAACAUUACCAUCAGAACAAAAAUAAUUAUUUUCCAUAAAAAGCACGUACGUGUGUAUGACUCGUAUCAUGUUUACAUUAUACACAUACUUUCUCAACACAGACAGUUGCCAGAGUAAAAAAAAAACACGUCUUUACCACCACUAGACACAAUAAACACUCUGGCGUUAACUCUCAUAGCUGGAGGGAACGUUCAUAACAGUGUUUACUAACCUUUAAUUUUGUAUAAAUGCGAAAUCAUAUUGGAGGUAGUGCCUCCUCGCUAGCCACCCUCCACAAACAUGUUUUACAUGUCUGCUGGCCCUCUUCUAAGCCACUGCCGACUAGUAGUCUAGGUAGUUUAGGAGUUACACCUCCUCCAGCCAUCGUGCAACUCAGCUGACCCCCUGACACUGAGCAACAACCAGUGGGAGAGGGUUGAGCCGUCCAACUGCAAGCGAUGGAUUUCUCCAUGCAUUUUUGUGACAUAAAAAAUUGCUAAUACCUUAGGGACGGUAUGAUGGAAAAAAUUUUGCGGUUUUGAAACCUUGACGUUUUCAUACAACGGUAUACCUUGAAACCGUUAAUCGGCACAUGUCUACUUGAAACCAAAAAAAUGACCUUUAUUGUUGGGAUAACGUUUAAAAAAUUCAUAUCCAAACGCAAUGCAAAUGAGCCUUAUUGAGAAGGUGGGUGUUAACAAAAGAGGUUUUAACAGUGGUUGUGCAAUAAGUUAUUAAGUGUUUACGUCAAAUGUGGAGUUUUUUGCCAAGAAUGAGGAUCAUGUAAAUACAAAGUUUGACUACUUCCUCCUUCAUGAAGCCAGCUUAUCAAUUUUGGAUUGGAGGCUUGGCACUGUUAAGCAAUGGAUGGAAAAGUUGCAUGCAAUGUUGUCACUGUCUUUAUACUUCUUUUAGAAAAAUUGUGUUAAAGCUGAACUCUGUACCGACUCGGGGGGAAGACUUUUGUAACAUUUUGUAACCGUGGGCGCUUUUGUUGCUUUGUCAAGAGAUUUCUAUGCUGUAUAAACUGAUUUCAAAUA